CCUCAUGGGAAAUGUAGUCCUCCUCACACUGCUACAUGUUUCUCCACGUCGUCCGGGAAGCAGAAGAAACUACAAACUGAGCGGUGGUCGCUGGAGCAAGUCCAACAUGGUGCUCGUCCGCUGUGCGCUGUUUUUAUUCCUCUGCAACCCGGUGUGCGCAGUUUUCCAGAAACUCUACUGCGCCAUUUCAGAAAGCUGCGACUGCGACUUCAGACCGCGCAUCAGAGACUUGGAGUGGGACCUCUACAAGAAUGUCUACGGUCAACACCUGGCCCAGGACAUCGUGUCAGAGGCGGUGGCCAGUUUCCUCCAGAAUAAAAGCCCCGAUCGCCCCCUGGUGCUGUCCUUCCACGGCUCCUCUGGGACAGGGAAGACACUGGUCAGCUCCAUGCUGGGAACUCAUCUGUAUGGAUCAGCUAUGAGCAGCCCAUUCAUCCACCAGUUUGUUCCCACGCUGCACUUCCCAGUGCCUCAGCGGGUCAAUGAGUACAGGGAGGAGUUGAAGCUCUGGGUGCAGGGGAACCUGACGGAGUGCGCACGCUCCAUCUUCCUGUUUGACGAGAUGGAGAAGAUGCCCUCAGGCCUCAUCGAUGUCCUGGAGCCCUUCCUCGGUCCUUCUCACGUCGUGUUCCGCACCAACUACCGCAAGGCCAUCUACGUCUUCAUCAGCACCACAGGAGAGGAGGUGAUAAACAGACUGAGUGUGGAGAACCGUCGGGCUGGACGGGACCGAGAGGAGAUCAGGUUGUCCGACCUGCAGGACGACAUCGCACAGUCGGUCUACAACAACACCUCAAGCGGCUUCUUCCACUCCAGCAUCAUCCAGCAGAAGCUCAUCACCCGCUUCGUUCCCUUCCUGCCGCUGAGCCGCCGCCACGUCGAGCGCUGCGUCCACUCGCAGCUCUGCCAGCUGGACCGGUGUGGCCGCAGUGACGUGGUGGAGGCAGUGGGGGGCGACAUGGUUUACACUCCUGCUCCGGGACAAUACUUCUCCACCACCGGCUGUAAGGCCGUCUCCGCCAAAAUCAACAUCUUCCUGUGAGCCGGGGUGUUGACUUUCUUUUUUUAAUGACUGACAGGGAAACUCCCCCUGAGGUGAAGAACUGAACGUUUGCCUGAACGAGUUUCUGCCACGUGGAGGUCAGAGGUCAGAGGUCAGAGCAGCGGAGAUUCACGGUGGAGGAGGCCUCCAGUGCUUUAACCAAACAGGAGAGUUUGUUCCCUGAGCUUUGUUCAGCGUCUGAACCCGGGACACGUCUCCGUCUCUACCUCAAACCCAUCACAAAGAAUCUCAAUGACACUCAUCUGUGGCCACCGACACAAUAUCAAUACUUCAAAUUAGUAAAUUAAUGAACAAAAAUGACCUAAGUGAUAAUGAUCAUAUGGAGGAGGAAGCUGGAUCCGAUCACGAGAGGUCACAGGAGACACGGGUUUCAGCUGCUGGACGUUUUAGUGCCUUGCUCAUCUGUUGGCAUCCAACAGCAAAAAGAAAGGGACCCGGCCUAUUUGAUCUAUAAUGUGGUUUCUGCUCUGUGAUCAUAGUUUUAGAAAAGAAGAGAGAGUUGAAAAAAAUUCCAUAAAGACUUUUUAACGUUUGAAA